AUGAAGUUCAUUUUGAUUUUAUUUUCUAUUUUAUUGACUCUGUGCAUCGACUUGAUUCUGGGGUCUCCCACCGAUUAUGAUCUGUACUGGGAUAUUGAAACGCGGUUUUGUGGACCUUGGCUCGCAGUUGAGAUGUCAUUAGUUUGUCAAGGCCGCUACAACGAUGAUGAACGUAGUCGAAGACCCAAAAAUAAAAGAGGGAUAGUAGAUGAGUGUUGCACAAUCCCGUGCACUAGAAGAUACCUAAAAAUUAACUAUUGCGGUCCUGAACCGGAAAUGUCAAAUACAACACAAGAUAUGGAAAAAAUGGUCUAUGUUAAUUAUCAUGCUUAUUAUUUGGAUCUAAUUCAGAUAGUAUUACAAGAACCACAAACAGAUGAGUAACCAGUACACCAAGUGACUGUCAACAUAGUAUUGCAGCUUCAACAUUCUUCAAUCAUAUUUAAUGAU